AUGCAAUUUAAUUCAUAGUAAAUAUAUAAUAAAUUUUUUUAGUCAAACUAAUAGACAAAUGCUUUAAUUUGGAUAUUUGAUCAGUAUUUCCAUAAUAUUGGUUACAUUAAACUUUAUUAAAGAUUAUUUAUAAUUGGUGAUUCUUAUUCCUUUAUUGAGUUUUUAAAAAAACCUUGGUAAUGUUAAUCAAAAUAUUUAAAUUAGAUGGAAAAUUUCGCAACUUUAAAUAGGGAAUGAAAGUCUCUACCUACCAAAUCAAUUUAAAUAGGCAAUAUGGAAAAGGAUGA